UUUGAAUUUAUUACCACUCGAAAUCUCCGUUUGAUCCGUGAAUCCCUUUUUUAUUAUUUGGCUGGCCAAAAGUGGAAAUUCGAUAUCGAUAUCGACAUCGACACUUUACCAAUUAAAAAAGGGUUCAACCGCGCAAUUAGAAACCUGUAAAUCACCAUUAACGUACCUCCUACAUAUUACCACCACCAAGAUGCAGUUCUCCGCCAUUGCCUUAUCGCUCUUCGUCGCCUUUACUGCGGCUCAGAACUCUACCCUCCCCGAUCUCGUAUCGCAAUUACCGUCUUGUGCCGCGAGCUGUUUAGAUAGUUCUGCGAAAUCGGCCGGAUGCUCCUCGACGGAUUUCGUGUGUCUCUGCAGCGAAGAUAAACGCCAGUCCUUCAUUACUAGCGUUAGCAGCUGUAUCGGUUUCUCAGCCAAGUGUUCCCAAGAUGAUAUCAGCAAGCUUAGCACCUUAGCUCCCGAAAUCUGCGAUGCUGCGACCUCGAACCCAGACCCUUCUGCCGUAGCGUCGGCCUCGAAUAUCCUCACCUCGGCUAUCGGCGCUUCGUCUCCUACCUCAUCCCCCGAUGCCGGCGUUAGACCCGAAGUUGGAAUGGGAUUAGUUGGAAUUGCUGCUUUUGCGGCUUUGGCUCUUUAAAUCUUUUCCCUAAUUCGACUUUGUUAAACGAUACCAGGAGAGAGAGAGCUUCACUUUC